GCUCAGAGGGGAGGGAGAGCUCUUCAUGAUGGUUCUUUCUACGUUAUAUCGAUUUUUAGGAGCCUGCAUGGCCUGUACAAGUCGCGACUCUGUGGCUGGCGGUAUUGUAUUUUGGAAUUUCUUACAUAAUUUCGGUGCAUCGUCACAUAUGCCAUCGACAAGCAAGAACAGCUGUAAGAUUUUUAUUACGAUUCGACUGUGACUACCUUGCAUGGGUCACUUUAAAACUGCAGACUUCAGCUCUUUGAUAAAGAUCUUAAUGGUUCUUGUUGAAAACAAGCCAAACUCGCUUAAACUCAACAGCGUGGCGAGACAGUCUAGUCGAUACUCUGCCAGGGAUCCUAGAUUAAGACGUUAAUCGGGCCAAUCAACCAUCUCACUGCCAGUAUUAUCUUAAAUUGUAGCAAUGGAAUUUGAUGAAAAUACUAUAGUUCUAAGAAAUCGCACUCCACUCCAUAAAACGAAGGCUCUAGAUGCGGUUCGUGAAUCUCUUUUAACUGAAUCAACGUCGGGAAUUGUGAAAGGCGAAGAUGAUACAACGAGUAUUGGCACGACAUUCUCCAGCCCCGAUGUAGAAAGUAGUAAUGAUUUCCUUUCUACAAAUGGUAAAACAACGGAAGAGUAUAAUGAAAAUUGUAAGAUAACUAUGAAUAAUGCGGGACAAGAAAAAACUAACCACAACAAGAGCGUAAGCUAUGAUAAAGAACUCAAAGAGGAGCAGAAACUGAUAAAUACUGCACCGCCUAAAGCGAUAAUUCCAGAUGGUGGAUGGGGAUGGGUUGUGGUCUUUUCAUCUUUUGUUAUCUCGGUAAUAGCCGACGGAAUAAGUUUUUCAUUUGGUUUAUUAUACAUGGAAUUUCUGGAUGAGUUUAAAGCAAGUAAGGCUACUACUGCUUGGAUUGGAAGCUUAUUCAUUGCAGUGCCGUUACUUGCUGGACCAGUGAUGAGUGCUCUUGUGGACAGAUAUGGCUGUCGUAGUAUGACAAUAUUGGGGGGACUAAUUUCUACCCUUGGGUUUGUAUUGGCAUCUGUUUCAAACUCAAUAGAAUUGAUUAUGUUGACAUUCGGAGUUAUCGCUGGUUUAGGUCUCGGACUUGUUUAUGUUACUGCAGUAGUUUCUAUUGCUUACUGGUUUGAAAAGAAAAGAAAUCUCGCUGUUGGCUUGGGGGCGUGUGGAACAGGCGUUGGUACAUUUAUUUACGCACCGAUGACACAAUAUUUGAUUAAAGAAUUUGGAUGGAGAGGAACCAUCUUGAUUUUAGCUGGUACACUUCUAAAUUUGUGCGUUUGCGGUUGCGUUAUGAGAGAUCCAGAGUGGUGGAUAUUGGAACAAAGAAAGGAAAAAUCUGAAAAAGAGGACUUGAAAUCUGUUAGAGAUGAUGCCAAAUCUAAAUAUUCUAGCUCUGCCUCUAUAGCCAACUCUUUUACUUUUGACGAUGAAUUUACCCGUGGUAAAUACAUGAAGCGUUUAAUUUCUAAGGGAGUGCUAGCAGAGCAAGUUAUUAAAGAUGAAGUUGCGGCAAUACGCCGUCGAGAGAUGAUGUUGUUCAUGAGAAAGAAGAAUAGUGAAAAGAAGACAAGUUCUCUUAUUGACUUGCACUCUCAUUUGGUGAGAAUUAAUAAGAUACCUAAUCCAUUCACAAAUACGUGUAAGGAAUGUGACGACGCUAUGAAAUACGUUUCAUCUACAAACAACAUUAAUGACGGUGAUCUUGAACCAAGAAAAAACCCGUCUAAAACCAUCAAACUAUAUAUUAUCGAAAGGAAACCUAAUGAAGGUGAAAUAACGAAUGAAAAGCCUGAAUUCAAAAGGUCAAUGUCCGAAGCAAAAGAUUUACGGCCAUUGCUAAAACAAGACAGUAAGGAAAACAAGAGGGAUUGGUUCAAAAAACAAUUGUCGAUAAACCAUCAUUAUCUAAGGGACUUGAAGGUGCCAUUAAACUCAAUAAGCCAUAGGAACGCGUUGUUGAAUAUAAAACGGUAUAAAUUGAAGGCGUCCUCCUGCCCCGAUAUAUUUAAGAACUCAAUGGUUACAGUCAAUGAGGAUGAAGAGAAAUGGUACGAUGAUUGCGUCAGUGUCCUCGCCGAUAUGUUCAACGUAGACCUCUUCAAGAAAGUCACAUUCGACCUUUUAUGUAUUGGCACGAUUAUAAUUUUCGUAUGGUUCAUUGUACCAUACUUCUACCUCGCUGAGCAUAUGAUACACAAAGGUUAUGGGGAAGAUGAGGGAGCAGUCUUGUUGAGUCUCAUUGGAAUUACAAAUACAAUUGGGAUGGUGGGUCUUGGCUGGAUUGGAGACCUUCCAGGAGUAUCAAUUGGCAACCUGUAUGCCGUUUGUCUGGUAAUCUGUGGGGCCUCGGUCCUUGCCAUACCUCUGGUUAUUUACAACUAUUGGUUGCUGGCAUUUUUCUGUGGCCUUUUUGGACUGAUGUUCGCAGCGGCCUUUACUUUUGUACCUAGUCUUUUGGUGAAAUUGGUGUCUUUGGACGACUUUACCUCAGCAUAUGGGUUGGUUUUGCUAGCGGAGGGGAUUGGACAUUUAAUUGGACCACCAUUAUCUGGUCUGAUCUACGAUUUGACGUUUUCCUGGGAGCUGUCUUUCUAUCUGGCUGGAGGUUGGAUUAUUGUAGCUGGUAUCUUAACUUCUUUCAUACAGCCUAUUAGGUCUUACCAGCAACGUAGGCAGGCUGAAAUAGAAAACAAUAUUAUAUAAACUUAAUAAAAAAAAAACUGUUUUACAGUUGAAAUACAAUUUUUAAAAUAUUUUGCUCUAUUGAUGUUUGAAACAUUGAUGUUGAAUCAAUAAGCUAUAUAACAAUUUUAUCUUUCGAAAAUCUAUUUUUAUUAAAAAGACAAAAUAUUCCAUAUAGUUUUACUAAAAUGCAUUAAAAUGUUUCUUGCAAUUCACUAAUGACUAAAAAUACCAUAGAAUCUUCCUAGGCGUUAACGUACAGAUUAUUUU